AUGGAUGACUACGGUCCCCCAUUUGGAUUCGCCGUACGCAGGAUUGGCCUCUGCCUUAGAGGAGAAUGCCAGACCGACGCAGGGUCAGAUCCUAUAACAUCUCAACCGUUAUCCCGAUGCUGCCCCACGAGCAACACUUGCAACGACCAAAACACAGGGAUAUGUUGUCCAGAUAAAGGAGACUGCAGACAGGAAAUCAGUAGCCCAGAACACUGCGCCAACGCAACCUGGGAUCUUUAUCGAAACUAUGAUGGCGGACAUUUUUGUUGUGAACAGGACCAAUACGGGUUUAAUAGGACUGGCGGGGGUGUUGGCUGUGGGACAAAACAAGAUCUUGAGGAGGAGAGUAGGACCUCAGUAAGCCUAGUUUCACUUGGCACAACCCCAACACCGAGCAGCUCUGUGAUAUCGAGCAGCUCGUUGACACCAACUAGUUCCACAGCAUCAACCAGCUCCACAACAUCGAGCAACUCACCAAUGUCGAGCAGCUCCCCGGCAUCUAGCAGCUCCCCAACACCGAGUAGCUCCAGUUCAAAUACUGGCGCCAUCGCAGGUGGUGUGGUUGGUGGUGUCGCCGGGCUAGCAAUAAUUCUCGCCUUGCUUUGGUAUUUCAUGCGUCGUCGCCCACAGAAGCAAUCACCUCAAGCGCAGAUGCCCGUCACCGAAUCAUCAAUGCUGCAGCACGAGUCUCUUCAGUCCCCGGGCGUCCCGAGCGAGUUAGACGGUCGAGGUUCUGUGCCAGAGCUACCUAGCUACAAAGAUACUGUCCACGAGUUGCCGGAAUCCGGAAAAGGUCAAUGA